ACUGAAAGCUCUGAAAGCUUUCCGAGUAGGAAUACUUAACUUGGGGCUUAUGGUAGAUUCGCUCUUAGUUCGUUCUUAAAAGCCCUGAUAAGAGCAUCCGGAAUGCCGUCCAAUAGCGAGAGCUACGCAUCGGAUGAGUUGCAUGUGCCACAAUGGCUAAACAGUUAUUUCAUUAGAGAGAUCUUGGGUCAGCAUUUCAAGAUACCUGAGCUGAGAGUCGUUGAUGUAAAGUUCUUCCCAGCCAGUGCCAAGGGAGAUCAUUGCCUUAGUCUUAUGUUUCGAGCUGUCGUUGAGUAUGAAACACCACAGAAUGAGAACUCAAACAAAAUAUCCCUGAUCAUCAAGACAAUGCCCGAACAGGACGGUCAGGCGAAAGAGCUGCUGGACGAAUCGCAUAUUUUUAGGACGGAGGUUGAAAUGUACACCGAGGUACUGCCCAAGUUCGAGGAGAUAUUACGAGAGGUCGGAGAUGAGACCACAUUUGGUGCUUCGUGCAUCUAUCAUAGCUUAAAGCCGCAACAAGUUAUGGUGUUUGAGGAUCUGUUACCGCUCGGCUACGCUAUCAUUCGCCGAUUUGCCACUGCAGAUGAGCUCCAAGCAGCGCUAACAAAGCUGGCCAAGUGGCAUGCAGUUAGCUACAAGUUGCUCAACGAACAAACCAAACUGUUCGAUCAGCUACAAUAUGAUAUGAGCACACUGCCGAAGUUUUUGGAUCAGCCUUUCAUUACGCAAGCCUUAGGACACUUUUUAAAUAUGCUCGACAAUGUGGAGAGCUUGAAACGCUAUCGAAACUACUUCGAACCACUUCAUCAAAAGGGAAACCUAAUCCAGAGUUGGGUGAACAUUGUGCGCGAAUAUCGCGAUAAUCGCCAAGAAAACAGUUACUAUGUGCUCUGCCAUGGGGACUUUCAUCUGCGCAACAUGAUGUUCAGGGGGCUCGAGUGUACGCUACUUGAUUUCCAGAUGGCCCAUGUGGGACCUAUGACCAGCGACAUAAUAUAUGCCAUGUAUGUGCUGUUCGAUGCGAAGAUACGUAGAGAGAAAUCGGAUGAGCUGAUUUACAACUACUUCCACACCUUCAUGAAUACCCUAAUGCACAUUGGCUACCAGGACAAGUUGCCUUGCUUGCUUGAGUUUCGGCGUCAAAUGUUUGAAAACAGAUAUAAUGAUUUCCUGCUGAUUAUUGCAUUUCUACCGUUGAUUAAACAUUUCCGCAACGGAGCUGAAGAGAUAGUAGAGGAUGAGCAGAAGCUUGGACAACUGUACUAUCAAAAGGAAUACCUAGAUGAUCUGGAAGAUAUGCUUCCUCGCAUGCUGCAUCUCGGCUACUUUGAAGAGCUAUAA